AUGCCUCCUUUCAGUUCCCAACAGUCUGAGGCUACAUCCCAACCUCAGGACACACCUGUGGAGCGUAUGGUGAGAAGGAAAUGGACGCCGGGUGAUGACGAGGUUCUGAUUAGUGCGUGGCUAAACACAUCAAAGGACGCUGUUGUUGGAAAUGAACAGAAGUUAAGGACCUUCUGGAAACGCGUAGAUGAAUACUUUGCAAUAACUCUUCAUGAGAACAUAGAGAAUGUUCAUUGUAAGCAGAGGUGGCACAGAAUCAAUGAUCAGACGAACAAGUUCUGUGCCGCAUUCGCAGCUGCAGAGAGACAAAUAACCAGCGGUCAGAGUGACAAUGACGUUCUAAAGGUGGCUCAUGAAAUCUUCUACUCUGAUCAGGGACACAAGUUUACCCUCGAGCACGCGUGGUGUGCCCUGCGAUAUGAACAAAAGUGGAUAAGCCUGAACACACCUAAGACGGCCGGUUCAAAGAGAAAGAGUGGUGAGGUUAGUUCCCAACCUUCAAGCGCACAUGUCGGUGAGGUCAGUUCCCAAUCUUCAAUGUGUCCUGAAGGUAUCAAGGCUGCGAAAGCAAGCAGGAAUGGUAGUAAAGGAAAGACUAUUGAGGACUAUAAGAGCAUUUUGGAGCUCAAGAUGGAAGAUUUGGCGAGGAAGGAGAAACUGUCGAAGCUGGCGAUAUUAGACACUCUCCUUGCUAAGAAGGAUCCACUAAGUGAGAGUGAAGAAACUGUCAAGAACAAGCUGUUGGCCGAACUCUUCUAG